CGAAGAACACUCCCUUUCGUCCACGCGAAGGGAAGCGUCUAGACUAUUAGGUCAGCUAGCCGCCAAGGAAUCGAGCGAGCGAGCGUGCGAUUCUCUGUCCAGGUGCACUCUUCUCUUCCCGGCGGUGUGUAGUUUUCCGAAAUUGGUAGCGCAUUCAUCCAUUUCUUGUCGAUCGCGGCCCCAGAGGUUUUCCAUUUCAUCCUAGAUAGGCUUGAAUCAGAGGAAAUUUCAGCGCGCGGUCUCUCAAAUCCUCGGGAAAUGGCGCAGGUCUUGCAUCCCACUGCGAGAAUCUUGUCGAGUGAGAACGCGCGGCUUGUGGUAGGGGAAUCGUCGGUAGCAUCGUCGUCGUCGCAUUCGUGCGUGAGAUUGGGCGCUGCUCCAUGGAGUUCGCAGUUUUGGGGGAUUUCUCGGCAGCUGGCUGUCAGAAAUCGGCAGCAGCAGCGGCAACAUUGCUCGAGAUUGAGAGCGGGCUCUUCGGGGAUGUCCAAGGUGUUGAACACGGCACCGUGGUUGAAAUGGUGGGAUAAGGAUGGGGCGCCCAACAUGGUGGAAAUCCACUCCAUGCAAGAAUUCAUUGACGCACUCUCCAAUGCCGGGGAUAGACUCGUCAUUGUGGAUUUCUACGCAAGACAUUGCAACGGCUGUAGAACGCUCUAUCCAAAGCUGUGUAAGAUCGCAAAGGAGCAUCCGGAGGUUCUCUUCCUCAAGAUUAACUACGAUGACAACACGGAGAUCUGCAAGGCCUUGAAUGUCAAGGUGCUGCCGCUCUUCUUUGUGUACCGCGCUCAGGGCCACCUCGAGUCAUUCUCUUGCACCAUCUCAAAGAUCCAAAGAUUGAGAGAUGCGAUUGCCAAAUACACCAACGUGACGCCAGUUGCCAGUGGGGUGGGAAAUCUUCAGCUCGCUGGAUCCAAGCAACCAGCUGGAGCUGGAGCGUCACUCGCGCUCUAGACUUCUAAAUCUCUCUUUUUUCCUCCUCUUUAGAGUCGAGCCACUUGUACAGAAGAAUCAAGUAAUUAAUUAAAUUUGACGUAGUUUGAUGUGAUCU